CCAGCGAGACGCCAGCGGUAACGCUGCGCCGGAGGCUUCGCCGCUUCAAAACCGCCAAAACCAUUCAAUUCGUCUCCUCCAAAAUUUUAAUGAUGAGUACAUCGGAUUCUGCCCUGGGACUGAGGAGCAGCAGAGCUUUAUUUCUGCUGUUCUUGUGGUAUUUGUUCAGUGCAUUCACACUUUUUACAAAUAAGUAUGUAGUAUCAUACCUGAAAGUUGAUUCAAUGUUACUAGGCAGCAGCCAGGUGGCCAUGACUGUGCUGUGUGGGUUUGUGCAGCUGCAGCUGCCAUGUGGUCCCCAGCACAAGUCACAAACUCUACCGUCCGGCUACUACAGUAGCAUGCUGCUCAUUGGCUGUCUCACGUCGGGGGUGAUUCUGCUCGGCCUUCUGGCACUGUCGUUCGUCGCGGUCAGUUUUGCCGAGACGGUGAAGAGCUCGGCGCCCAUUUUCACCGUGCUGAUCUCGUGGGUUGUGCUCGGCGAGCGGACGCCGCUGCUGGUCAACCUGUCGCUGAUUCCGGUGAUGAUCGGCCUGGCGCUCUGCUCCUCCCACGAGCUCAGCUUCAGCCUGCCCGGCUUCCUGGCGGCGCUGGGCACCAACCUGUGCGAGUGCUUGCAAAGCGUAUAUGUGAAGAAAAUAAUCAAUAACAAGGAUUACAAAUACAGCGCUGCUGAGCUGCAGUUCUACCCGGGAGUGGCCGGCGUCCUAAUUCAGACGCCGAUUCUGCAUCUGACUGGAGGUCGGGCCGCCGUUGGCGCCGUCUCCAUGGCAACUGGCACGACGCUGGCCGCCGCCGGCUUCUUUUACUACCUGCAAACCGCGACGGCGUACAUGCUGAUGGAAUACAUCAGUCCUGUGACCUACAGUGUGGCCAACACGGUGAAGCGGGCGCUGCUGAUCAUCCUGAGCGUGCUGCUGUUCCACAACGCCGUGACGCCGCUCAGCACGCUGGGCACCGCCGUGGUGUUCGGCGGCGUCGUCCUGUACAACGCCGCCACACGACGAAAAUUCUCCCCUGUCGUGCGGUCAACGGACAGGACCUCAAUGUAAUGCAAUAGACGUUUUAUCGGGUGACUUCAGGGAAAGGGAGUGUGGAUAUGUCUAAAGUUGACAAUGCAUCGACAAGUCAGCUGAGUACUGGUGAGGUAGAUGAGCUUCCGCCGUGUUGCGCGUUUGGGUGAAGUUGGCGUACCACUUGUGUGAAAGGACGGGGCAUGCGUUCGGCGAGUCAUUUGCAGCCCAGCGUGGUUUGGCUCCAGUGAGGCGUAGCGUGUGAGGGUCAGAUUAUCUGUGUGUUCACGUGCCGGGCGUUCGAUAUCGUCACGGGGGCUUGUCUGCGCCAGAACGCACGGUGUAUUGCGCAGUGGUGGGCAGUUAUACGUUACCGGAAUGCUACAGAUUCGCAAGACGCAUCCUGCUGCAGUAAUCGGUUUUCAGGGGACGAGUGUAUUAAGCGAUAGAAUGUCGGGUCUAUCGGGUGUCGGUUGCCAUAGAAAGUACUGGCUUGUGUGCGAAGAAACUGGUGAGAAAUGCAAGGUGCCUAUCGUAGUUAGUCACUCGCUAUUUAUGAUACAUUUCAAUGUGUGAUGAUCGGAGAGGUAUCGUGAUGUGAUGCCUGUAGUCUGACAAACAUAAGAAAGAACGUAGUGAGAGCGCCAUAUGCGUUUGGCACGAAAUUUACUGCUGCUAAAUGCUAAUGCAUAGCCCAGAGAAAACCUGUCUGAAAAGCAUUCAGAGAAAUUUUCUCGCAGGGGUGUAGACUGUAGGAACCUCACGACUCACGAAAAGUGUGUGUGUUGGGGGGGGGGGGCAACGAAACUUCAAUGUCACUUUGUCGGAGCCCCAAUACCCAUAGGAAGAAAUUCUUUGUAGUUUUGUGAUCAUCUCACCUUGCUGAACCAUUUCCUGCUUUUAGUUUUGUAUUUAAAUAGAAAAUAAAGAUUUUACUAAAAAAUGGCUAACAAGUGGUGGAGGAAGGCCAUGGUCCCCGCCGCCCCCUCCCCCCUGUUGCUAUGCCUAUGUGUUCUCGGGUAUAUAAAGGCAUGCUACUAUGUCGGGUAUAUUAAGGCAAGUGCAAAAAAAGCACGGUUGUGCUUUAAAUUCGUUCUUCCUUAGGUUUGUCAGACUAUAGAUUCACAGCUCAGUGAGACGCUCUCAACUUGCCGUGGUUGUGAUAAGCACGAUUUUCCCAUUUUAUCUGUCACGUGCUAGAAUAAUAUAAAUAUAUGAUUUUAUUACAUG